AGAAAGAAAUGUUGGCUAGGGUUUCACUAUAAAUACUCGAUACCCCCUGAGACUAAUCAUUUUACUAAACGCAACGCUAGCAGCCGGGAGCUCUGCAAAAGGUAGAGAGAUAACAAGCUUAUAAAACCCUAGAAACCCUUAGAAGUAUGAAGCUCUCACAGCUUGUAUUAAUGGAGAAAAGUCGAUAGAAAUAAUAAGAGGUUUGAUCGAUCUGUUGGAGGAGGUCUUUUUCAGCAAUGGCGACUGCAAAUCCCUUCGAUCUGCUCGGGGACGAUGAUAAUGGCGACGUCACGCAGCUUGCCUUCGUUCCACCUGAAAAGCCAACGGCGGCGAAGAAGGCUCCGGCAGCAGCUGCGCCUCAGGCAUUGCCGGCCAAGCUGCCAUCCAAACCCCUUCCUCCUUCACAAGCAGUGAGGGAAGCUAAGAAUGGAGGAAGAGGAGGUCGAGGUGGACGGGGAGGCCGUAGUCAAGAUGGUGGUUUUAGCAAUCGUGGCCGUGGCAACUAUAAUGGUGAGCGAUUCAAUCGGGAUGGUAAUAAUGAUAGUAACAAUGGAAAUGGUUACUUUGGUGGAGGUCGUGGUGGUGGAUCCUCCUACCAAGGCGGAGAGGAGGGAUUUGCUCGCCAAGAGGAAGGAGAAUUUGGACGCUCUGAAAGGGGACGGGGAUAUGGAGGAGGACGUGGUCGUGGAGGCCGUGGAUUUGGUGGCCGUGGAGGGUAUGGAAAUGGUGAUGAUAAUGAAUCUGAGCGUCCUCGAAAGCAGUAUGAUCGGCGGAGUGGAACUGGGCGAGGCUAUGAAGUUAAGAGGGAAGGAGCUGGGAGAGGAAACUGGGGCACUCCUACUGACCAGGGAUUUACACAGGAAACAGAUGAACUAACUCCUGUGGAAGAAGAGAAAGUUACAACACCUGAGAAACAGGAGGAAUCUCCAAACAACCAAGAGUCAAAUCAAGAAACUCCUGCAGUGGAGUCCACGGAGAAGAAAGAAGAAGAAGAAGAUAAGGAGAUGACUCUUGAUGAAUAUGAGAAAUUGCUGGAGGAGAAGAGGAAGGGUCUGCUAGCAAUGAAGUCAGAAGAAAGGAAGGUUGAUGUAAAGGAAUUUGAGUCUAUGCAACGCCUUUCCCUUAAGAAAGAUGAUGAUAUAUUUAUCAAGUUGGGCUCAGAGAAAGAAAUGGCCAGACGGAGAGAGAUAGCUGAAAGGGAAGAGAGGGCUAAGAAGUCUAUGAGCAUCAAUGAGUUUCUGAAGCCUGUGGAAGGUGAAAACUACUUUAGUCCAGGUGGCCGAGGCCGGGGCCGUGGACGUGGCCGUGGUGAUCGUGGUGGUUUCAGAGGUGGUUAUGAUGGUGGUAACAACCGCCAAGUUACACCUCAGAUUGAGGACCCAGGGCAAUUCCCAACUUUAGGUUCAAAAUGAUUGUGCAUGUCUCCUUUUGGCAGUUAAACCUUAUUGAAAAAGGAAACGUGGCUAAAAAAUAACAAACACUUUUGUAUCUAUUGGCGGUUUUCUGGAGAUCAACUAAUGUUUUGCAAGUGUUAGCAUUUUUUA